AUGGCAUGGAAACAACUUAUCAAGAUUUCUGUAAUUACUUCAUAUUCCUCUCCAAUUUUUUUUGCCUUGUCUCCAACUGAACAACACCAUAAUCUUCUCACAGAGAAAGAAAUCAAGUUUCUAUAUAAUCUUGUAUCGCGAAAAUCCCCCUGUAAUAUUCUUGUUUUCGGGCUUGAAACACAAUAUUCUGCUCAAAUUUCAACCAUCAAUAAGGGUGGAGUUACUGUCUUUCUCGAGGACAACCCCGAAAAAAUCAAGACUAUUAAUGCCACAGAUCAUUCUAAUACUACUCGAAUUUAUAAAAUCGAGUAUCAAACAGUUGCUAGAGAUGCAUACGAGCUUUUAAAACAUGCUAGACGAAACCAAAAGAAUUGCUACCCACAAGAUUUGCAAAUGUAUUCAUCAAAAAGGUGCAAAUUUAUGUCACUUGUGACAAAUAUUCCUAAGGAAGUUUAUGAACUGAAGUGGGAUUUGGUUAUUGUAGAUGGACCAGAUGGGGAUAAGCCAGAAUCACAAGGACGAAUGGUUGCAAUUUAUAUUGCUAGUGUUUUAGCUAGAAGAAGCAAGAAGAAUAAUGGGACUCAUGUGUUAGUACAUGAUAUUGAUCGAAUGAUUGAGAAAUGGUUUUCCUGGGAAUUUUUAUGUGACAUGAAUUUGGUUUCUUCUAAAGGAAAAUUCUGGGAUUUUAAUAUAUUAGCAAAACCAAAUGCCACCACAUUUUGUCCUACGUAA